GAAAAAAGAAAUGGCUUCGAACGUAACGGCGUUAAAAUGUCCACCACCGAUGAAGGCGGCGUCGAACGGGGUUUUCCAAGGCGACAAUCCUCUACAUUUCUCGCUUCCUCUUUUGAUCAUACAGAUAUGCCUCGUCGUGGCGCUCACCCGAGCACUCGCCUAUCUCCUCCGCCCCCUCCGCCAACCCCGUGUCAUCGCUGAGAUCAUUGGAGGAAUUCUACUAGGGCCUUCGGCUUUAGGGCGAAACCAGAAAUAUCUCCAUGCCGUAUUUCCAGCUCGGAGCCUCACAGUUCUCGAUACCAUAGCCAAUCUUGGUCUACUAUUUUUCUUAUUCCUCGUCGGCCUCGAGCUCGAUCCAAAAGCCCUCAGACGAACGGGGAAAAAAGCCCUAAGCAUCGCCCUCGCUGGAAUCACUCUCCCGUUCGCCCUAGGAAUCGGGACAUCCUUCGUCCUGCGGAGCACAAUCUCCAAAGACGUAGCUCAAGGCCCGUUUCUCGUAUUCAUGGGCGUCGCGGUCUCCAUCACCGCCUUUCCCGUUUUGGCCCGUAUCUUGGCCGAGCUCAAGCUCUUGACCACUGACGUGGGCCGCAUGGCCAUGUCAGCAGCUGCCGUCAACGACGUGGCAGCAUGGAUCCUGCUCGCCCUAGCGAUCGCCCUGUCAGGAACCGGGUCGCCGUUGGUUUCUCUAUGGGUCUUUUUAUCCGGGUCGGGUUUUAUAACGUUGUGCAUAUUCGUGGCCCCGCUUCUAUUCAAGUGGAUGGUCAAACGCUGCCCCGAGGGGGAGCCAGUCGACGAGAUUUACGUCUGCGCCACGCUGGCCGCGGUUCUAGCGGCCGGGCUCGUGACCGACACCAUCGGAAUCCAUGCGUUAUUCGGUGCGUUCGUGCUCGGAGUUCUCGUACCGAAAGAGGGCCCGUUCGCCGGGGCCCUAGUCGAGAAAGUUGAGGAUCUCGUCUCGGGUUUGUUUCUUCCAUUGUAUUUCGUGUCGAGUGGAUUGAAGACGAACGUGGCCACCAUUCAAGGGGGCCAGUCGUGGGGUCUGCUCGUGCUGGUUAUAUUCACGGCGUGUUUCGGGAAAAUCGUCGGGACCGUCGUUGUUUCUCUCUUGUGCAAGAUCCCCUUUAGGGAGGCGUUGGUUCUCGGGUUCUUGAUGAACACGAAAGGUUUGGUCGAGCUCAUCGUCCUCAACAUCGGCAAAGACAGAGGAGUUCUGAAUGACCAGACAUUUGCGAUCAUGGUACUAAUGGCUUUAUUCACGACAUUUAUAACGACGCCGAUCGUCGUAGCUCUUUACAAACCGGCAAGAAUGGCCGCGUCGGAUUACAAGCACCGAACAAUCCAGAGGAAAGACCCGAACACUCAGCUGAGGCUACUAACAUGCUUCCACAGCACUAGAAGCAUUCCGACAUUGAUCAACCUGAUGGAAACUUCUAGAGGCACCGGGAAACGUGGCGGGCUUCGAGUGUUCGCCAUGCACCUAAUGGAGCUCUCCGAGAGGUCUUCGGCGAUUCUCAUGGUCCACAAGGCGCGUAAGAACGGGGCACCAUUCUGGAACAAGGCCGAAAGCACCGAUACGAACCAGGUGGUGGUGGCGUUCGAGGCAUUCGAGCAGCUCAGCCAAGUGUCGAUCCGGCCGACCACCGCCAUCUCCGCCAUGUCUAGCAUGCACGAGGACAUAUGCAGCAGUGCCCAGGGGAAGAAGGCGGCGGUGAUCAUCUUGCCGUUCCACAAGCACCAGAGGAUCGACGGCCAUUUGGAGACCACCAGGUCGGAUCUGAGGCACGUGAACCGGCGCGUGCUCGAGCACGCGCCCUGCUCCGUCGGGAUCCUGGUCGACCGCGGGCUUGGCGGGGCGGCGCAUAUUGCCGCCAGCAACGUUAACUACACCAUCACCGUGUUGUUCUUCGGCGGCCCCGACGACCGUGAAGCUCUUUCCUACGGCGCGAUAAUGGCGGAGCACCCGGGGAUUAAUCUGAACGUCGUCCGUUUCGUCGUCGAUUCGAAGGUUGCCGGAGAAAGUGUCCGGCUGGAUAUCGACGGCAACGAUGGGAACCGGCCGGAGGACAGAUCCGACGACGAGGAGUUCAUAUCGGAGUUCAGAGAGAGGGUUUCGAAGGCCGGCUCGAUUAAAUUCGAGGAGUGCGUGGUCGGCGGCGCGGCGGAGGCGAUGGCCGUGAUUCGAUCGCACAACGUCAGCAAUCUUUUCCUGGUGGGGAGAAUCCCGGAGGGGCAGCUGGUGGCGGCGCUUGACAAGAAGGGGGAGUGCCCGGAGCUGGGGCCGAUCGGGAAGUUGCUGGUUUCGCCGGAGAUGUCGACGGCGGCGUCGGUGCUGGUGAUGCAGCAGUACCGGAGCCAGUUGACCGGGCACGCGUUGACUUCUUUGAAGGAAGAGGAUACGGUGGGAGGGGAGUCUGAUUCACAGUGAUUACGCAAGUGCAGAGGGAAUAAAUAAAUAAAUAAAAUUUAAUAGUGUGUGUAAAUAAAAAAAUUCGUAAGAAUUUCAUUUUUCUUAGGAAAAAAAGAAAUUCGUAAGAAUUAAUUGUUAUUUGUCUGUACUUUGCCAUUUUCAUCUUUAGCUUGUGGAUAUACUUUCUGUACUGUGUGUAUCAUUUUCAAGAAAAUGCUUAAAGAAAAGCUUUUUCACUUUCGGAAAA